GCCUGGUGAAACUCACCUGAAACUGCCCUGGGGUCUGGCUGUUGCUGCUCUCUGGCGGUUCAGGGUUUCCAGGCAUUGACAGUCUUAGCGCCGCACAGGGACAUGGGGACCCCGGUGAGGAAAGGUUUUUACAGACACGAUAUUAACAAGACGACCUGGGAAGUGCCGCUCAGGUACACCGACCUCACCCCGAUAGGGUCAGGGGCUUACGGGAGCGUGUGUUCAGCUAUUGACCAGAAGACAGGCGAUAAAGUGGCUGUGAAGAAAUUGCACCGACCUUUCCAAUCUUUGUUGCAUGCCAAGCGAGCAUACCGAGAGCUCCGGCUGCUCAAACACAACAAACAGGAAAAUGUGAUUUGUCUGCUUAAUGUCUUCUCACCAGAAGACUAUUUACAUACAUUCCAGAGCUUUUACUUGGUGAUGCCAUUUGUGGAGCGGGACCUCAGUCAUAUCAUGAAAAAACAGAAACUAUCUGAGAAUAUGGUGGUAUAUCUUCUUUACCAGAUUCUACGUGGGCUGAAGUACAUCCAUUCUGCUGGGAUUGUGCACAGGGACCUCAAGCCUAGCAAUCUAGCAGUGAACCAGAACUGUGAACUGAAGAUUUUAGAUUUUGGACUAGCUCGUCCUACUGAGACAGAGAUGACGGGCUAUGUUAUAACUCGCUGGUACCGACCUCCUGAGAUUAUUCUGAAUUGGAUGCACUACAGUUAUUCAGUGGAUAUUUGGUCGGUAGGGUGCAUCUUGGCUGAGAUGGUCACAAGUUCAGUGGUCUUCCCUGGAUUUGACCAUUUUGAUCAGCUGAAAAAGAUCAUGAAUGUGACAGGAACUCCACCGCAAGCUCUGGUAGAUAAGAUGCAGAGCGAAGAGGCAAGAAACUAUGUUUACUCCCUCACACCAAAAAGGAAGAAAGAUUUCCAGCAGGUUUUUCCCACAAUGAAAAAGGAAGCGGUUGAUUUGUUGGAAAAGAUGCUGAAUCUAGAUCCUGAUGAGAGAAUAACUGCUGGUGAUGCAUUAGCACAGCCCUAUCUUAGUGAAUAUCAUGAUCCAGACAAUGAGCCAGUGGCGGAACCAUAUGAUGAUUCCUUUGAAAGUCUGGACCUAAAGAUUGAAGAAUGGAAGAGCCUUCUUCACAUGGAGAUUGCAACCUUCGACCCUGACAAUCCAAGACAAAUGGCAACAUGAUGCAGUCAUGAUUAGUCGUACUUUUAAAAUUGGAGAAUGCAAUUUAUUCAGGAUUUGUUUACUUCAUUAUUACAAAAACUGAAGCUCAA